AUGGCGAGUUUAAGCUACUGCUCCAACUGGGGAACUGCUCAUCAUGAUCACCACCUUAACUUUUGCGAAACCUUGGAAGGUUCUGGAGCUAUGGCGCCGCCGCCUUUCUUCGCGCAGCCUCCGCAAAUGGUGGAUAAUAAUGAUCAGCUUGAAGCUCCGGCGGCUGAGCUUCUUUUCGGGUUAAACAACCACACUUUUGUUCUCCCGGAGCCGGCGGUGUCUCCUUUUGAUCCUGUUUUCAACUCCGGCGAGUUCAUUUUCUCCGACAACUACGUUUCCCUGCCGCCGCCUGAAUAUUCCAUUCCGCAAGAAGUGGAGUUCCGAACCCACCCGAAACGCCAGAAGCUCUACCAUAACCGUUUCCCGGAGAUUACGGAGAAUUGUUUCGGUGUCUUCAUUCCCAACCCUCCUCUGCUCCAUGACUUGAAUCCUCCUCCGCCGCCUUUAGAAAGCGUUCUGCCGACGUUCCCGGAGCUUGCGACUGCUCCUUUUCCGGCGUAUUGUGCGGAGAGUGAGGUGGCGGUGAAGAAGAACGAUAACGGCGCGAAGACGACGCUGUCGGCUCAGAGCAUCGCGGCGAGGGAGAGGAGACGGAGGAUCACGGAGAAGACGCAGGAGCUGGGGAAGCUCAUUCCCGGCGGCCAGAAGAUGAACACCGCCGAGAUGUUUCAGGCCGCUUAUAAGUACAUUAAGUUCAUGCAAACUCAACUUUCAGUGCUUCAAUCCUGCCACCACUCGUCCCAGGAAACUGGGGAGACAUUUAUGAAUCAAGAACUUGAGACUCUUGUUGGGUCAUCGUUGAUUCAAGAAAAGUUGUACUCAAAUGACAAGUGUUUGGUUCCAGAAAAGUUCGUUCACUCACUGCCAAAUGGCCAUGAACUGUGUCAACUUUAUCAACCCAACAAGUCUUCAUAG